UGAAAUGUAGACUUAAAGUGUUUGUAAACAAUUUCAUGUUAAGCUGUUGCAAUUGUGCAUACACAAUCUGGUGUAGUGGUAUGUGUACAAUACAUAAAAAUGGAUGACGGGUUAAGUGAAUUAGAAGUGUUAUACUCCAUUGAUGGUGAAUACAUAACGGAUAAUACGUGGGAUGUGGCGGAGAGAGUUGUGAAUUCUUCGUUAUUGCCGAAGUUAGACUCCGGAUUUGAUUUACCACCUCAGAGAAAAGAUUUCGCAAAUCAUGUACCCGUUGUUGCUCGUAAUUUGAAAGCUCUCAAAAAUUUUAUGAGUACAUUGAAGUCAAGUAGUAAUUACGGGACAAAAUGUGCGAAACUUAAAUCGAAUUUCGCUGUUUCUUUGCUAACACUUUGUGGUGAACAUAUUAGUGAGAAUAUAUGGACAAAUCAAGAAACUAAUACCAACAGUCGUGAAAUAAUAUCGUUGCUGUGUCAGAUUUUCGUGUGCGAUAGCAUUGGGGAUCUUCUUGUCGGCGAGAAAUGUUACUCAGACUCGGAAGUUCCAAGAUUGUUCAAACCAGUAUUAACUGCAUUGCGCCCAAAACUUCUCAAAGAUACGUGGAAACACUUCCCAGGGGCUGUUGCGUGCUACUAUUGGCUGUUAUUCCAGGUGCACAGAAAAUAUUUAGGCGAUUAUCUCGGAAUGAUUGUUCCUACAGCGUUAAUUAUGACAGAUGACUUCAUUCCAGAAAAUGCCGUGAGAGGCAUAAAAUGUAUUGCUUAUAUCGCAGAACAUUCUACUAAGGCAGAUUUAUACUGCCAUGCAGAAGUUAUGUAUUCAGCAGUAAAGCAGUCUUUGGUUCACAAGAAUCCACAAGUCGUUAAAAUUGCUGUCCCAUGCCUUCUUAAUUUAUUGGACAAAAUUGAAAGAAACUAUUUGAAAGAUGAAUGUAUCACAGAGUGGUGUAAGUACGACGAAACUUUCGAAAUCAUACUUGAAAAUUUGGAACUGUGGCAAAAAACAGACAUUAGGGAAGCCUACUUAGAAAAUUUACCUUUAUUUCUUGAAAAUAUGCCAUUAAGUCUUGUUAAUUGGUCGUCUCGCCUUUUGGAAUUAUUCAGUAACUAUAUGGAAAUGGGAGGCCAUUCUAGUCCAAGUUUUUUGAAAUAUACUGUGUUGUCUCUUAAGGUUUAUUUACAAAAAGUAUGGCCAAGAAUCCAGCAUCACUGUAACAGGCUGCUGAGGAUGCUUUUUAGAUUCCUCAUAGAUGUGACAGACAUAUUACACAGUCCAGAUGAUACAAAGUUGUCUGUCUGCAAUGUAGCUAUUUAUAAUGAAGCUCUGAAGGAGGCUGAAGAAUGUUUGUUCAUAAUUGGGUAUUGUGCCCCUGAACAAGUGAAGACCACAUGUUCCCUACUGUUGGAAAAAGAUUUAUUCAGUGAAGACUUCCAUAAAGUUAUUCAAAAGAUUGUUACAUCUCUUUAAUCCCUUCUCUUCUGUUAGAAAUAAAUGACAAGUGUAUCUUGAUGUUUCCGUACAAGAGGCAGGCAGAUUGUUUCUGCUAUCCCUUGUGGGGCGUUAACACAGUAAUGCUACAUGAACUGAUCAUCUUCACCCUUUAUUUCUUUAUUGAUCAAACUUGGCAGCUAGAAUACAUACAUCCUUAACAUUUAUGAAUGUUUGGUUUAUGACUUGUGUCUUUUAAGUAUGUAUUUCUAAUGCUAUAUCUGACGUGCCUCACACUACAAUGACUAGCUGUUCUUUUAUACUUGCACUUAUGUAAUGUAUAUUGUAUAUAAAUUGUCUUUAGUGGACUUUACACUGAAACCAUUUGCUGCAGUUGUGAUUUGUCUGUUAAGUAUGUUUUGUUGUAAUAAAUUAAUGAGGUACAUGUGAUUCCUUAAACUUGAAAA